CAGCACCCCCAACAGCAGCUCCGUCUGCAGCCACCUUAUAUCCAGAUGAAAGCACGCACCUUGUACAUAAAAAAUGAAAGCAUGGCUGGCUCGGAGAGCAGCAUUAGCUUGCAGACAUGUUUCACAUUAUUUCUUCUUUUGUCGUGUGAUACGGUAAAGAAACAUUUCAAGUUUCAGUUUUGACCGGCUUCGCAUUCCUUUUUUUUUUUUUCCUCUGCUUUGUAACGACUUAUGACCACUUUUUCUUUUCUUCUUUCUAUCAAUCGAAAGUGUCUUCAUCCAUCAGCUAGACCGCUAGCACUCGCCCAUUUACUUUCCUUUGCUAUACUCUCAUUACCAUGACCACCCAAAUGGAAGAUGUAUGCAAAUUGGCGAGUUUGGUCGAUCCACUACCAGACUGCUCCAAUACACUCGUCCUCGAGCAAUUCGAUCUAUCAGAUGAUACCACACCAGAAGUAAUAUGCCAAUACUUCAGAUUGCGCCUGAUUGUCAACAGAGUCUACUUUACACUUGCGUUAAUCAACAUGGUCUAUGUUAUUUGUACAACCGCACUCCUGAUACAUCGCGCCCGAGCUGUACAAAGCAAUGAAAAAAAACUGCGAUUUCCAGUGAAUGAAAAGCAAAUACACACAUUGCGAAAGCGAAACUUACUAGCGUUGGCAGUUGGAGAAACCGGACAUCUGCUGGUCAUAUCGAUCUCCCUCAUUAUCAAAGCUUUGGAUGGCUGCAUCUACUGUCCUAUAUUCAUGUAUGUAACGACUUACGGAUACUAUAUGUGGAUCGCAUCUUUCAUCUGGAGAGCAUACUACCUACGAUUUCAACUCAGCCUUCAUAAAAUCAAGCUUCGGCUGGGAAAUGGUGAAUCUGAAAAGGAUCGAAAAUGGUACAUUCACAACAGAGACAAACAUUCCAUCAGCAAUGGUCGAUUUAUGCUUCUUUUAUUAUGUGGAAUGGUGCUCGUGACGGUUCCUCUGAUCCUAAUGCAUCGAUAUUAUUAUGGCUUUGACCAUGUUGUUGUGAAAACUUGUUCAACAAGAAUAGGCACUAUGGUGCUACUGUUUAUGGUCACUUUCUUCCAGUGUAUCAUUUCACCUGUCCUGAUCUGGCUUCUCAGACAUGAUCGAGACGCUCACAAUCUUCGGAAUGAACUCAUUGCAAUAUUUGCCGUUGGUAUACCAACAUCCGUAUUGUAUCUCGUCUGGGUCACUAUUUUUCCACCAUCAAUUAGCUACAAUGGACCGAACGUAAGGCUCUUCUGGGGAUCUAUUAAUUGGAUAGGUCUCAGCCAGGCGGUUGCACAUUUCAUUGCAGUUACAUAUCCUCUUCUAGCAUCUUAUGGGCUCUGUACUUGUCCUUGCAUCAAGAAAGUUGAAAGAUAUAGUCGUACAGGACGAAGAAAAAGCUCAAUAUCGGUUGCGCGCACGCUCGAUUGUACCACGGUGUCAUUGGAAUACAUCCUCACACAACCCGAGCUACUGGAGCACUUAAAACAUGUUGCCGUACAAGAUUUCAGUACAGAAAAUGUUCUAUUUUGUGAGCAAUACAGCAUUUUAGCGAACAAAACCAUGGCCAAACUGAACGAGACGCGACCUCUAGAUGAAAAACCACACAAAAUGAACUAUACUAGCUUGACGAGCGAUCCAAUUCCUCACGAACUACAAACCGACUACAUUGCUUUCUAUAACACCUUCAUCAAAGCCGGUGCACCAUUACAAGUGAACAUCACAUACUCAGAUAGAAAGGCAAUGGAUGCUGUGUUUAAAGAGUACGCAAAGCAACAGCAACACGUCCUGGAGAAUGUUGUUUCACAAGUCCAAAUGAUGGAAGAUGAUACCUGGGGAGGAGAAGAACUUGUGCUCUUUGCUUCUGCAGCUGACUCAAAGCGUUCAGUGACUAGUAUUACUGAGGACCCAUUGCUUGGUCAACCGUCUACAACCAGUACAAUACGAUGUAGCGUAUUCGAUAGUGCUCGAAAAGAAGUUAUGUGGAUCAUCUUUUGUAACAUACUUCCAAAAUUCAUUGAAGAUUGUAAAUAAUUUAAUGUAAUCCUACUGUAUUAAGCCAUAGAAUAAACCAAAAUAAAAUAUUUAGCCAUCAGUUAGUCCCUA